AACGUGGUUAGAGUUAUCUUUCUUACGCGCAUGGUUUACAAAAUGGUGGUAGUUGGCGAUAAGUUUGAAUAAAUCAGGAGUAACUAUGGCGUACAUGGUAGUUACAAUCGCCAGUGUACCAGAAAGUGUGGUGCACGAAAUAGGAAAUAUAGUUGUUGUAAUCUGCUUCUUGUUUGUUUUGAUGAUGCAAGCUGGGUUAGCUUUAUUUGAAUGUGGUAUCAGUAGAAGUAGAAACAUAUAUACUAUUUUAGCAAGAACCUACACUAUUUUCUUUGAAGUAUGUAUCGUAUAUUGGGCUUUGGGACACGCCUUUGCCUAUUCCACUGGUAUGGAUUUUCUUGGUUACCAUAGUUACUGGGUUGGGUUAGAUGUAGACAAGGGAAAUUACUCUACUUGGUUAUUUGGCCUUGCAGUUUGCACGACAACGACCAAUAUCAUAGCGACAUCUUUAGUGGAGCGAGCGACUUUCAAGUCAUUCUUUAUUUUUACAUUUUUCUCGGUAGCAUUUUGCCAACCUGUAGUAAUACACUGGUGCUGGCACCCUGAAGGUUGGUUGUUAAAUCACCUGAAAGGAGUUGUUUAUAAGGAUUUUGCAGGUAGUGGUGUAAUACAUGUUUAUGCUGGCAUAAUCGGUAUACUGGGGUGUGCGAUAUUACAACCUAGAACUAGUCGGUUUAAAGGAGACCAAUUUUCCAGAUCACCGAAAACAUUUCAUGGUCACUCGAAACCGUUUUUAUUUUUGGGUGGUAUUUUAAUUUUGAUUGGGUUUCUAUCACUACGACUUAUGGCCGUGUUUCAGUAUCAAGGAUCUAAAACAGUUGAUAAAGGACUGUCCAUCAUUAUAAAUACUUUAAUAUCCUGUAGUUUCUCUUCACUCACCGCCUGUCUGGUGGCAGCGCUCGUUGAUUAUUGUGGUAUUGCCUGCUGUGCUAUGAAAGGUAGACAUGACUGGUGGCAGUUACUAACAGGAAUUAACUCAGCUAUAGCUGGUGUGGCAUCAUCAGCAGGUGGUUGUAAUGACUAUUAUAGUUGGACUGCUUGUGUUAAUGGUCUCGUCAGUGGAUUUGUUUAUAUAACGUGGAGUCUGUUGAUCAGAUCCUGUCAGGCAGAUGAUCCACUAGAUGUCGCUGCUGUUCACCUUGGUUGUGGUUUAUGGGGUCUCAUCUGUGCACCGGUAUUUGGCACUUCCGGUUUUAUAUAUAACCCAGGAUCUUAUACCCUAGAGACAAUUGCAUGGAAUGUGGCUGGUGGGUGCAGUAUAGUAGUAUGGGCUGGGGUACCAUUCGCCUUAUUGUUCGGCUUCAUGCAGGCUUUAGGAGUAUUCCGGGUAUCGUUUGACAGAGAAACUAAAGGUUUAGACACGUAUCACAAGGAAAUAGCCUAUAAUAUAUUUACAUCUCCACUCACUGAUACAGAUAAUGAUUUGAAUAGUUUGGGUUCUUUUAAAAGACGAGAAAGUGUUAGAACUAGUGGCAGACGACGUCCAUCUAUACAAUGGAAUGUACCGUUCGAGAAAUCAGAACCAACUUCCUUCCGACGAUCGUACCGUCAACCGUCAUGGCAACAAUCAACGCGAUCUUUCAGAAAAUCGUUUCCGUCUGAUUGGCAGACCAACCCGUUUUACGAAAAGAACACACUUGUUAGUGGACCACCUCCUUACCAUGAACUGCGCCCUUAUUGGUGGCGAGAUUCGGAUACCGGAAGGCGAUAUCAUGGACAACAACCAGUAGUAUGGGGAUCGUGUCCCGAUUUACGUCAUGCUUAGUAACUGGGAUAAAAUAUUAAAUAGUG